GAGUCUCGCUCUGUCGCCCAGGCUGGAGUGCAGUGGCGCGAUCUCGGCUCACUGCAAGCUCCGCCUCCCGGGUUCACGCCAUUCUCCUGCCUCAGCCUCUCCGAGUAGCUGGGACUACAGGCGCCCGUCACCACGCCCGGCUAAUUUUUUGUAUUUUUAGUAGAGACGGGGUUUCACCGUGGUCUCGAUCUCCUGACCUCGUGAUCCGCCCGCCUCGGCCUCCCAAAGUGCUGGGAUUACAAGCGUGAGCCACCGCGCCCGGCCUCAUCUUGACCACUUUUAGAUACAGGCUGGGCAGCCCUGAUUAUUACACAGGGCUUCCUUCAGAAACCUGCCUCCUUGUAACUUUAACCCACCAGUUGGAGCUCUGCCUGCAGGCCCCGGAGAAUGCCUAGGCUCCUGAAUUCAAUCCUCAGCCCUCCAGGGAUCCGAAGCAGGUCCCAGGGAGUUAGCUGACUAUGGGUCAAAGAGCCAGCAUUGGGGAUGGUUUGUCCAGUCAAUGGACAACUCUGAGGGAGAAGGGUCAGAAGAGGGUGGGGCCCUGGCCCUGAGCAUCCUGCAGGGCUCAGCGCGGGUCUGACGACACCCUCCCCUGACCCUCGCGGGGUCUCCUUCGGUAGCUUCUGCCCAGCGGGGGUCAAAUACGUGGGGUGCUCUUGAAACUGUCAUGGGGGGCAGGCCUAGGUCAGAUCUCCCCAGUGCCUCCACACCCCCACGUGGCCCUCCCGACUGGUCCCAUUGGUGUGGAGCACGGCCGGGGCCGGGUCGGGGCCGAGGGCGGAGGGCCAGCACGGCCCAGUGACGAUUAGUCUGAAGCCGCCACCAGCCCCAGGCCCCCGUGCAGAAGAAAAGAGGGAGGGAACGGCUGAGGCUGCCGCUGCCCUGCACCGCCCUCCUGGAGGCCACUUGGAGAGUCCUGCCCCGAGGAGGCCAUGGCCACAAGUGCCCACAGCUGGCCCCAGGAAACACCAGGCCAACCACAGCUGGGGAUAAAAUAGCACAACCACACCCUGCCGUCCAGCGUCUCCCAGCCUGUGCCCCUUCCUAGUACCACCAGCAACCAUCAAUCCCGUCUCCUCCUGCCUCCUCUCCUGCAAUCCACCCCGCCACAACUGUCGCCAUGGCAGCCCUGAUCGCAGAGAACUUCCGCUUCCUGUCACUCUUCUUCAAGAGCAAGGAUGUGAUGAUUUUCAACGGCCUGGUGGCACUGGGCACGGUGGGCAGCCAGGAGCUGUUCUCUGUGGUGGCCUUUCACUGCCCCUGCUCACCGGCCCGGAACUACCUGUACGGGCUGGCGGCCAUCGGCGUGCCCGCCCUGGUGCUCUUCAUCAUUGGCAUCAUCCUCAACAACCACACCUGGAACCUCGUGGCCGAGUGCCAGCACCGGAGGACCAAGAACUGCUCCGCUGCCCCCACCUUCCUCCUUCUAAGCUCCAUCCUGGGCCGUGCGGCUGUGGCCCCUGUCACCUGGUCUGUCAUCUCCCUGCUGCGUGGUGAGGCUUAUGUCUGUGCUCUCAGUGAGUUCGUGGACCCUUCCUCACUCACGGCCAGGGAAGAGCACUUCCCAUCAGCCCACGCCACCGAAAUCCUGGCCAGGUUUCCCUGCAAGGAGAACCCUGACAACCUGUCAGACUUCCGGGAGGAGGUCAGCCGCAGGCUCAGGUAUGAGUCCCAGCUCUUUGGGUGGCUGCUCAUCGGCGUGGUGGCCAUCCUGGUGUUCCUGACCAAGUGCCUCAAGCAUUACUGCUCGCCACUCAGCUACCGCCAGGAGGCCUACUGGGCGCAGUACCGUGCCAAUGAGGACCAGCUGUUCCAGCGCACGGCCGAGGUGCACUCUCGGGUGCUCGCUGCCAACAAUGUGCGCCGCUUCUUUGGCUUUGUGGCGCUCAACAAGGAUGAUGAGGAACUGGUUGCCAACUUCCCAGUGGAAGGCACGCAGCCACGGCCACAGUGGAAUGCCAUCACCGGUGUCUACUUGUACCGUGAGAAUCAGGGCCUCCCACUCUACAGCCGCCUGCACAAGUGGGCCCAGGGUCUGGCAGGCAACGGUGCAGCCCCUGACAACGUGGAGAUGGCCCUGCUCGCCUCCUAAGGAGCUGCUUCCCAUGCUCUUUGUAAAGGGCACUACUUGGUCCCAAACUGAACCCCACUGCUUGCUCACAUCCAUAUCAGAAGACGAUUUUUUAAAAACUGCAUCUUCUUGGCCAGGGGAAAGGACCACAAGGCAAUCUGGGGUGUGGAGAGACCCAGUAGACAAUGGAAGCCCCAGCCAGCAGGACCAGGUGACAGUGAAGCUCACCAGUGGGCUCCUUUAUGGUACUCUAUGCAGUUAACAUGUGUCUAGCUGCAUAGGGACACCCAGCGCAGCAGUGCACCACUGGGAAGCGGCCUCCAGGGCAGCCUCUGGCCUUAUUUUAUAUAUUUAAAUUUUUGAUAAAGUUUUUCUUACUAAAAGGA